AUUGGACGUCUUGACGAAAAAGGAAGAUGUAUUACUUUAAGGUCAAACAAUUUUCAAUCAUUUAGAUUCAUAUAUCUUGUAGAGAGCUAAGUGUAAUAAAGUGACUAAAAUGAGGAUUUUGCUGUUAAUACAUCUAUUUCUUAUUUUUGUCAAAGGUCAAUUACACAGACCAUGUACCACAGGCGACUGCGACAGUACGUGUUACCAUGAGUUUUCCAGAUAUGAUGCUAACGCAUUCCUGUCGUCUGGUAAAAGGUCUACACCAAGAGAAUGCUGCCACGAAUCAUACUGCGAGGACCAGGGGACAAGAUGUCAGACCGAGCAAUACAGAUCGUAUAUUGCCAACAAAUUCUCGGGAAAUUGGAGUUGUGAUUCUGGAAAAAUAGUUAGUGUGACAUCAUGGUGCAAUGGACAUUAUAAUUACGAAUGUAAAGAAAUUUGUCAUGCUCUAUCCAGAGACCGUUGUGAAAAUGGUGGAACAUGCGUUCCGAAGGGUGCAAGUUUCACAUGUUCGUGCAUGCCAGGGUUUACAGGCGAGAUAUGUCAAGUCAAUAUUGACGACUGCACACCAGACCCGUGCAAUGCAUCGACAAGUAUCGGUUGUAUAGAUGGAGCAAAUAAUUUUUCUUGCAGCUGUAAACCCGGAUACACAGGCAAAACUUGCAAUAUAGAUAUCGACGAGUGUGCAAGUUCACCCUGUCAGCACGGAAAUACCUGCGUGGAUCAUGUUAACGGAUACACAUGUGCCUGUGCGCCGGGUUAUACUGGACUUCUCUGUGAAAUAGAGAUCGAUGAAUGUGCGAGUUCUCCAUGCAAGAAUGGUGCCACGUGCAAGGAUAUGAUAAAUCGAUUCACCUGUCAGUGUCCUCCACGAAUAUAUGGCGUUCUGUGCGAUACAAAUAUUUGCCAUCCAACUCCGGCAGAUGUUGUCUUUGUGUUGGAUUCAUCAGUCAGCAUGACAGAGCAAGAAUUCAAGAAACAACUGGAAUUUGUUGCUAAUUUUAGCAGUAAAGCUCCCAUCGGACCACGUGACUUCCAAAUAAGCAUGGUGACAUUUUCCUUCAAUGCUCAUGUUGAGUUCUAUCUAAACAAGUACACAGACAAUUCUUCACUUAUUGACGCUGUAAUGAAUAUCACAUACAAACCAGGUUCAACUCGUACUGAUGAGGGUCUCAAAGCGGCCAAGGCAGUUUUCAGUACGGGUCAUGGUAUUGAAAGGCGGAUAAACAACACACAGGCCGAUAGGUUUGUGUACAUCCUUACUGACGGCAUGUCAACAUACAGAAUGAAAACCAGGGAAGCCGCCAGAUCUUUGAAAAAGGUCGUAGAUUCAAUCGCUGUCAUUGGUAUCGGAAAUGAAGUUUCUCAUCAAGAACUUAUGGAUAUGGCUUCAGACCCCUCCUUUGUGUAUUCCGUAAAGAACUUUAAUUCUUUGUACACCGUUCUCAAACGCCUGGUUCAUUUUGACUGCGAUGAAUGUGAAAACAGCGCAGAAUCUGACGUAGCUAUUUUCUUAGAUUCUUCAGUAACAAUCCAACAGUACAGCGCAAGCAUUGACGCAAUUAUUCACAUCAUUGACGUCAUGAAGCGGUUUGGCGUCAAUGAUACACGUUUAAGCGUGACAUCAUUUUCCGAUUCUAUAAAUAGUAUCAUAGGAAUGGGCGAGACAUAUAAUAAAGACGUCAUCAAGAGCAGGCUCAACAUGAUUGCCUAUUCAAAAGCUGUUCGGGUUCCAAUGGAUACAGUGUAUACGCAUGCCAGAACGCAGAUUUUCAACAACAGCGUUUCAAGACAAAAUGCAAAGAAGUUCUUGAUAAUAUUUACAAACGGCACCGUGAAUGCCAACAACAAAGGCGACCUUGAAAGAGAGAAAUCGUUGUUAGAAGCUGAAGGUGUUAACAUUAUUGCAGUCGGCAGUGGAGAAGAUGCGAAUUUCGAUGGAUUGAUUCAGUUAGUGACGGAUACCUUUAAUGUAUUCGUUACUUCUAAAGACUUGCCGCUGAGCAAUCUGGAUGUUUUACAGUCUGAGUUUGUUUAUAAUAAGUGUGACCUUAAAGGUGAAUAAAAAUUAUAGAGAUAAGACGCAACAUAGUUGACAUAGGUCAGAGACUGCAGGACUGUGAGAACAUCUUUUUUUCAAACGAACUCAGCCUGUUGAUAAAGAUAUACAUGUAUGUCAAUCACAUGUAUAUGAUAUGACUGAAAGCAUAAACAUAUAUUGCAAACUAAUAUAAGGUCUCUUAGGGAAUCUAGGAUUUUUCUAUCACAAGUUGUUACAUAUCUGAUUAAAUCUGACAGUAUAAUUAAAUGAGUACAAUAAAUGUACAUAUUAUUAAGCCAAAGGUUAAAGUUUCUAGAAAGCAAAUAUUUAUAUCAAAAUUUCGAAAUGCUACAAUUUAUUCUAAGAUCAAUCGAAAAGGUAAUUAUACCAAACGCAGAUCAUCAAACGUCUUAGUUUUGGGUUUCGACCGCAAAAAGAACAUAUUGAAGGAAUACUGGGGGUAACAGAGUCAGUAGUAAUGAUUACCUCACGAUUACCCUGGUAGACAAAAGAUUAGCUAUGCAUGCAUCUCAUAUAAUAAAACAAGUACAGUCCAAUCGGACGUCAUGAACGUUAGACACAAUAAAACGUUCUAGUAGUUUGGGAUCAGAAGUCGAUUAAAUGUAUCUGUAUCAGAGUUUCGUCUACGGUUCGGUUUGGGUGUUGCAAAUUGUAUUGCCUCGCAUUGAUCGUGUUUGCUAAUAUUUUGCUUUGCUGUAUCUCUACUUCCAAAACAGAUUUUAAUAAAACUGCCAUAUCUAUACCAAUAACACUAAACAGAUAAACAUGUAAACGAUAUAAGAUUUUUAUGUUUAUAAUAGCUCAAUAGAUACUGAUUUUCAAUAUCUUAUCACCAAUUUUCUAUUUAUUUUUGUUCUCGUCAUUCACAAGGGUAAGUUUGUAAUACUUCUUGUAUUGAAGAGCAAAGUAUUUUCCA